AUGUCGAUCACUAUUGUAGCUGCAGUUGCCAUCUUUUUUGUGGCUAUCACUCUCAAAUUCAUAUCAAACCUUUAUUUCGGUCCGCUUUCAUCUCUCCCCGGACCACGUUACACACGUGUCACAAGCAUCCCAUUACUCUAUGCCCGAGCCACUGGGACAAGUCGAGAACAUCUCCGCCGCAUCCACAAACGCUAUGGCCCAGUAGUAAGAGUCGGUCCCACUGAAGUCUCUCUCAAUAGCGUUGAUGGCUACUAUAAAGUCCACGGAGUUGGAAGCCGUUGCAUCAAGGCUCCUGUUUUUGACAGCAUCCGGUUCAGUCACUCACCCAUGUUGUUCACGCUUCGGGAUCCAAAGCUUCAUGCGCAGCGGAAACGGAUUUUGGGUCGCGGUCUCUCAGCAAUGAGAGAGGAGCAGGAGUCCAAGAUUCGGCGUUUGGCUGAGCUUGCCGUGUCAAACAUCAAGAAGGAGGCUCAAGAGGGCAAGGCUGACGUGUACAAAUGGUGGCGGUGUUUAGCAGUUGAUGUUAUAAGUGAAAUGGCACUUGGAAAGCCAUUUGAACUACUCGAGUCGGGUGGCCAAGACAUGCCCGUAUACAAAGCCUUGGGCAAUGCAGGUCCGAGUGUCAUUCUCCAGGUGAUACUUCCCGAUUUCCUUCAGUCCCUUAUCAAGUGGUCUCCAAUCACUUGGCUCCGAGAUGUCGGCCGAGUCACCGAGGUCAUAUUUGGCCGGGUUUCAAUUGCACUUGCUGAAGUCUCUUUACCUUCAUGUGGUCCGAGUAUGGUUCGUCACAUACUAGGUGAAGCCGAAUUGAGCAAGAGACCUGUUUUGAGUGACGAAGAGUUGGGCUCUGAGGUAUCCAUGAUGCUUGUGGCUGGUUCUGAUAGCACGGCUGCGACGUUGACGUAUGCUACAUGGGAGAUAAUACGAGAUCAACAUUUGAGGAGACAUAUUGAGGACGAGGUAGCCCGUCUCCCAGAAGACUUCACCACAAAGGAUUUGGAGCAUCUACCACUUCUCAAUAGUGUUCUAGAGGAGACUUUGCGACUAUACAACCCCGCAGCUGCGCUCGUGGAAAGAGUUUUGCCUCCAAGUGGUAUAUCUAUCCACGGCUGGGAUCUCCCUGGUGGCACAAUGGUCUACACAACAGGAUGGCUCAUCUCACGCCUUGAAGAGGUCUUUCCUAAUCCAGAUAGGCAAGUCAACUUCGAUGCGACUAGAUUCAUUGACCCAUCAUUUGAACAGAACAGAGCACAUGUACCUUUCAGCAUAGGCUCAAGGAGCUGCAUAGGCAUGCACCUCGCUCGCAUGGAGAUUUUGAUCACACUUGCGACAUUGUUUCGCCAGUGUAGAGGUAUGAAGUUGCAUCAUGACACGACGAAUGACAUGAUGAGGCAGGUCGGCGAGUUUUUCAUAGUUCCGAAGGGGAGAACAUGUGGCAUCGUCGCGUCGGAUGGCCUUCAGGAGCAUGUAAGUGAGAAGUGA